AUGCGGCUGGCGGACAAGAUGGCGCUGGACUCACCGGGCGCCAGUAGAACAGCUGAAUCCACGGCGGGAUCGGUGCACACAGACUCCCUAUCACAGAUUUUGGUGGAGCUGGCAACAAUAGCUUCCAACAUGCUGACUAAGGCCGACAAGACACCCAUGGUGAAAGAAAUGCGCUCAACCAUCAGGGAGGAGAUCCAGGAGGUGUGGAGGGAUAAUACCACCCUGGAGCAACGAGUUACAGACCUGGAGGCAGACUGCAUACAGGCCUCCCAACACUCCCAAGCAGCGGAUAACGCCACUUCAUGGCAAGGCACGGUCAUCCUGGACCUGAGAAGACAGGUUGAAGACCUGGAUAAUUGCGGGUGCCGUAAUAACAUCCGCGUCAGGGGCCUGACUGAACAGGUAGGGGAAGACCUCGUGGCCAUACUGACCUGA